AUGGACAACUUUAACGAACUUCCCGUCGCUGAGAAGCCCACCGGCGAGUCUUUCUGUAACGAAGCCUCUAUCAGCGAAGCUUGUCCUAGCGGUGCUACUGUGGAAGAGAGCUCUACCCAUGGUGUCCCUACCAAUGUCCUUAUCAACGAUGUCUGCACUAACGAUCUCCCUACCAGCGAUAACUCCCUCGGUGAUGCUUGUACGAGCAAAAUGCCCACUAAGGAUGUCUCCACCAGCGGUAUCCCUACUAGCGAUUCUCCUACCAAUGAUAUGACAGUGAUCGAACCCGUUGCCAAUGAAACCUCCGGUGCCCCAGGCGAGAUUAUAACCCCAGAGAAGAAGCGUCGCGGCCGCCACGACCCCGAGCCAGACUGGUCCGCCCAAAUGCGUGACAAGGUAAAGAAGUCCCACAGCCGUAUCGGCCAAGCCUGUGAUAGGUGCAAGGUCAAAAAGAUGCGAUGCACACCCGAUCACAACGGAUGCGCCUCAUGCAUCUCCCACAACGUUCCCUGUAGAGUCACUGACCGUGUGACCGGACAAACAUACGUACGCGGUGAGGCCGAACGGAUGCGCGUAAUGAUCAACAGGCUCAGCAAGCAGGCGGAUACCCUGCAGCGAGAGGUUGCGGUGCUGCAGCAAGAGAACGAGCUCCUCCGGGAAUCUCAUGUCGAGCUUAAGAAACGGGUCAAUAUGUACAAAUCGUCUCUUGAUACCUAUGGGUCUUCUCUUUUCUGA